AUGACUUCGAGGUCGCGAGCCCGUCCUGCUGCUGGCGGUGGUGGCCAUGACGGCGGUAUUCGCAAACGCGGUGGUGCGGCCCGCACUGAUCGUGACGGUGAUAUGGACAUGGAUGGAAAUGGCCGUGCAGCGCGCUCAAAUCGCGCAGGAAAUUCGCGCCCCACGAGCAAUCGCCAGCAGGGACGAAAUAAAAAAGCGGAUGUCAUCCAGCGCGCUCUCGGUGACGCCCGAGGAUCUUCUCAGGCUAGCGUCCGUUCUGGUAAAGGCGCUCCCGCUUCCAACCUCGUGGAUGUUGCUAUCACCGGAUGGCAGAAAUCGAAGUCAUCGGCUGCUCGCGACCGCACCGUCGACGAUCUGCGCAGCUUUCUCGAACGACGCGUCUCCUCCCAAACCAAAGGCCCCAAUAUCAAAAUUCACAAGUCGCGUGUCGAAGGGGAUGCUUUCAUUGUGUCUCUUCGCCCGGAUCUUGUUGAGCGCAUUCGUAAGCUCAAUGGGAGUCUUUUUGCGGGAAACUAUAUUACGGUUGAGGAACUCAAUACUACCGACACAGCUCUUGACGCCGAGCUUUCCAACAAUGGUACAUCUGCUGAGACUAUGGAUACCAAGUCCAAGUUGGCUACCAUUCUGAGCAAGCGCUACUAUCCGGACACCAAGCUUCUGGAUAUGUCGAAGCUCAGCUCCGAUCCCGACCUGCAGGCUCUGGGAGUCUUCAAUUCCACCUCCACCCAGUCCAAGUUCUUCCCAGCCUUGAUGAAGGUAUGGGAUAUGCAGUUCACCACUGCAAGCGAGAAACACGCAGCGGUGGAAAGUGUCAGCCUCGCAUCCAACCAACUUACCAACAUCGCAGCCGUCACUAGCUUGGCGCAGACUAUUCCGAACCUGAAGAAUUUGGAUCUGUCCAACAAUAACUUAGCGGACUACAAGUCUGUGACGGGAUGGCGCUGGAAGUUCCGGAACCUUCAGUUCUUGGACAUGAACGGCAACCCCCUGUCUUCCGAUCCCAAUUUCAAAGAUACUCUCCUGAAGUGGUAUCCCAACCUCCAGUAUUUGAAUAAUGUGCAAGUACGAACUCCCGAAGAGGUCGCGGCGCAGAAGAAAGCCCCGAUUCCCAACCAGCCGCCGAUCUUCGAAGACCAGGGCAGCAUCGGCGAGCACUUUAUUCGUGCUUUCUUCCCCAGCUACGACAAUGACCGCAACGAACUUAUUGAUGGUGUUUAUGACUCCAACUCCACUUUCUCUCUCAACGUCAACACGCGUGCCCCCGAUUCUCCGACGGUGAAAAUGAUCACACAACUCCCGGCACGCAUGUCGCGUACCUUCAAGGGCGUCGAAAAGAUCCGCCAACUCUGGAACGACCUCCCCCAAACCCGCCAUCCGGAUCUCAACACACAGGCAGACGAGUACCUCAUUGAAUGCCACCCAAUUCAUAAUUUGCCUGACCCAACCGGCCAGAACGCCCACGGGGUAAGUGGCCUGCAGAUCAUGGUCCACGGCAAGUUCGAAGAGAGUGUCAACGGCAAGAUUGAGCUCCGCAGCUUUGACCGUACCUUUGUUCUUGGCCCCGGAAGCGGCGCGGGCGGUAUUCGCGUCGUUAACGAUCUCCUUUGCCUUCGCGCCUACGGUGGACACGAGGCCUGGAGCCCCGAAAAUGAGUCCAUCCCACAGGCCCUUCAACCCCCGGUCGGAGCUAUUGCCCCUGCAGCAGCCCCUGUCACAGCUCCUAUCGCCGCUCCAGCAGUCCCCGCUGCCAGCACCACUCUCCCGGAGGGAUAUGGUGUCGCCACCCCUGGUAAACCAGAGACCCAAGUUCAGCAGGAGCAGAUGGUAAUCCAGAUGAGCAACAAGUCUCGAAUGACCCUCCAGUUCUCAGAAAUGGCCCUCUCUAGCAACGCUUGGAACCUUGAGGCCGCCUGGAACAACUUUGAACAACUCAAGGCUCAGGGCACUCUUCCUGCCGAUGCCUUUCUCCCUUGA